GCAAAAAAAAAAAGAAAGAAAAACAGUAUAGACUUCAAUCGGCCGAAAUAAUCUAGACUAGACAACAUUUUUAUUUUUGAUUUUGGAUUGAUAUUUUAUUAUUAUUUAUAAAAGAAAAUAUAAUUUGCCUAUCGGAUGUAACAAGUCUUAAAUAAUGAAUGCUCAGUUCCAUACGCCUUCGUUCGGGGAUGAAGAAUUCAACUUAACUGAUGUAGAACCUGAGCCAGCAAUUCAAGUAUCAAACGCCAACAAAUUCAAUGUUAUUAGCCAGCAAGUCCCAACGAAAGUUGCUCCUCCGGAACCAGUGAAGCCAGUCUCAGCAUAUGCACUUUUCUUUCGAGACACAGUCAGUGCUAUCAAAGUCCAAAAUCCCAAUACAUCUUUUGAAGAAAUUUCAAAAAUAGUUGGUUCCAUGUGGCAAGUGCUUGAUCCAAGUCACAAAAACGUAUACAACCAAAAAAGUGAUUUGGCAAAGAAAGAAUACAUUCAGAAGAUGGCAGCCUAUCGAAAUUCUCAAAUGCGUCAAGUUGUUCCAGAUGAGCCGACAUCUAACAGCUUCGACCAGGUGGAUAUUAUCCAGCAUCCUAAUAUUUCCCCAAAGACCGUGCCACUUACUUCGCGACCAGUGGUCUUUACAAUUUCCCCCAGACAAACGGCAACGGGUGAGACACAAUCCUCGGCGAACGACCAUCAAGCGGCAACAGUAGUUCCAAACAAUAUAGUUUAUUGUAACAAUGUGAAUCAACAGCAGCAGCUACAGCAAUCGACAAAUAAACCUAAUGAACCUCAGAAUGUACAACAAACAAACGACACCAGCUCCACUCAGAUUUGUCUGCGAGAAAACUGCAACAAACAAGCCAUCAUAAAUACAGACUGGGAGGAUGAGUACUGCAGCAAUGAAUGUGUUGUUAUCCAUUGUCGCAAUGUAUUUAACCAAUGGGUGAAAUCAAAUGCGGAAGAGCAGGCGUCAUAGUUUUAGUAAAUUUUUCAUUAAAAUGGAAUGAAAUUAAAAUAAAAAUUCACUGUUUUUAAAUUGUAAAAUUUCAAUUUCAAUAAAUUUAGAUUCAAAAACUUCUUACAAACAAAA